AUGGAAAACGCCACCAACAUUUACCACCAUGACUGCGAAUUAGAGCCUGAUCAAGACCUCUCCUUCGGUGAUCUUCCAUUAUUUAUCAGAAAAGAACCUGAACGCAACAAUUAUUAUCAUGAUGAUCAAGAACCAAGAAAUUCUUUUUCAAGCCAAGACUUCUUUGAGUUCUUGCCACCUGAACAGGACACAGAGACAAAUCCUGCACAAGACAUCAUCUUCUUUGGAAGACACAUACUCCCCAAGACAAAACAAUCAGCCAACAGUCCUAACCCUUCUGCUGAUCAAACAAACUCUCAUAGCCCAUUCAAUAGUUCAGCUCACUUGUCGUCGAACAGAAGUAGACGUUCGCAUUCACUUCAAUUUGAGACCGCAAAACCUUCUCCGACCCCACCAUCAACCGGAAGUUUCCGGGAUCAGUACUACUCAAGUAAUAAUUCAAGAAAGCACAAGGUCUUGAUAGGAUUAGCAAAGAUUCCACCAAAAAUGGAGCUUAGUGAUAUCAAGAAAAGGCAGAGUCGCCAAGCACCGGCACCAAUGAUCCCGACUGCGGUGCUGGCUGUUGAUGAAAAACCCCUUGUUGAUGGCAGUAAUAGAUCAGGACUUGAUCAUCCUUGCAUUGGGUCAGAGAUAGAUUUUCGGAAUUCUAUGUAUAGACAGUCCAUAGUACUUCUGAAACGUGGGUCUGAAUGUUCUUCCAAUGAUUCUGCCUCGGCCUACUAA